CGCGUGAACUUAAAUUAUUGACAUACUGGUCUACAGUAUGGCCAGUCUAAAUGCUCUACUGGGUAUUCAGUGUAGUCAAACAUCCCUUAUCAACAUCAAUCAAUAGUUAUCACGUUUAAAAUCUUUUAUCAUAUCCAGUAUAUAAUGUUUCAAGUCGUCAGUACAGGCUUCAUUAAUUCUGCAUGAAGCGAACAAACCCCUACACGUGCAUGCGCGUUAUUUGACUCGAUUGUAAAUUCGCACGUGAGCAAAGAGCAUUCAGAUACAGAGCAGCGGGCUUUUACAUUCGACUACAACACUUAAAGGGCGGAGCCAAAGGAGGCCAGAAUCGUCGUGACAACAUAUGAAACUACAGGGGGCUGGUCUUAAAAAUUGUGUAACUGAGCUAUAUAAGCAAAAAACGUGUGCUUAUUAUGUGUUUGGAACCGUUAAAGACAAAGCGGUAUCUCGUUGGUUUAGAAGGACAGAUUUAGGUAACAUAUUCGGCACCAUUCACCUCUUUUAAUAAAGCGGUGAUAGUGACGCUCGGUAAGACUAUACCGGCAAAUUGUAACAGUCUAAAUCUGAUUCGGUUUUAAAAACAAACAAACGAAAAAAAAACAUCAUUCUUUGUCCAUAUUAAAAUCGAUGUUUUAAAAAGUGCAUGUAUGUGUGCAUGAAACGUUUGUAAGGAUGGGAGUCGGAGCUGAUAACAAAAGCGUGAGCACAUCUGCGAAGUUUACAUUGCAGCAGCUUGAAGAGGAAAAAGAGGAGGUAGAGCUCGACAAGAUGACACCCGGCAGUGCUGAAGCCAUGAGGCUGGCAAAGGCUGAUCCCCAGUCAACGGAGAGCAGAGAACUGUGGGGUCGGCGCCUGGAGUUCGUGCUCGCCUCCAUAGGUUAUGCUGUGGGUUUGGGAAACGUGUGGCGCUUUCCGUACCUGUGCUACAGGAGCGGAGGAGGUGCUUUCUUGAUUCCCUACUUGAUCAUGUUGUUUCUCUGUGGUAUCCCACUGCUGUUCAUGGAGUUCACUGUUGGGCAGUACACCCGUCUGGGACCGGUCCACGCUCUGGCUAAAAUAUGUCCCCUUUUCAAAGGUGUGGGUCUUGCCACAGUGGUGAUUUCUUACGUGCUCUGCACUUACUACAAUGUGCUCAUGACCUGGGCUCUCUACUACCUGCUUCACUCUUUCAGCCCCUCAUUGCCAUGGCAGUCCUGCAACAACACAUGGAAUGCAGUUGGCAACUGUUCCACUGGUUUUCCUGGCAAUGACACAACAUCUGCAAUCGGCAGUCAACAGUUCUUUGAUCAUAAGGUGCUAGAAGUGACCACAGGGAUUGAGCAUGCUGGAGGGAUUCGUUGGGAACUCUUUGGUCUUCUAGUUCUGGCCUGGGCCAUUGUUUAUUUAUGUAUCUUUAAAGGGGUCAAAUCCACUGGGAAGGUUGUGUACUUCACUGCCACAUUCCCUUAUUUCAUACUGUUUGCAUUGCUGAUCAAUAAUGUUCAGUUGCCUGGAGCAAAAGAUGGUAUCCUCUUCUUCCUCAUGCCAAACUGGAGUAAACUCUUGGAAGUCCAGGUGUGGGUCAAUGCUGCUGCUCAGAUCUUCAACUCUAUUGGCAUUUCCUUUGGUUUAUGA